AUGGCUCAUGCGCUGGCACUGCGCAGCAGAUCGGAUUCGAGAUCACAUGCAGCCGCGACGGAUGUGGCCUCCUCUUGCACCAGUAUUUACUUAGCACCGGCAAUGGAUCCAACGCCGGAUAUUGACGCCUCCCUUGAGGCGCUGGACUCGGAGAUAGCCAAAAUUCGAGCCGAAAUCAAGAAUCUCCAAAAUAGACGCCAUUUCCUGUCGUCGAGUCUUCUAUCCUCAGACUACGUCCGGCAGCAGAUUCAGAGGGUGGGUCCGUCGUCAUCCUCGACAGGAAGCGACGGAGACAUAUCUCCCCUCGUGGCGAGCGCGGGAAAACAUCGCGACUCGAACCGGCAUCGCGUCGCCUUCUCGGCCACGACAUUCCCAUUCAAGGAUCCCUCACCGCAUUCGGACUCGCCGAAUCUCCUGGGAGUGCGCAUCGACGUCUGUACGCGCGACGGCAAGUUCGCCAAACCGUACUACGUUCUUCUGAGACGCGAGAAGGGUGGUGACGCGAAGCGACUCGCGGUCCAUCGACAUACGAUACCGGCUUUUAUCCCUAUCGAGAAGCUUGAGAAGAGGUAUCUACCUCGAAGUAGUCGCCAAGACGUGGUGGAUGGAGGAGACAAUGAGGCGCUGAAGCCGGAGAAGACGAAGAAGCAGGAUCUCCCUGCUUUUGUGCGGCAUCUACGACGGGAAUUAGUCGCCUGGCAUCUGCGUCGUGAUUCCAUCAGGUGGCUCAGGGAGCGCCUCGGAUUUUCUGGUGAUGAUGAUGAUGAUGAUGGAGAAAAUGCCUCUGAGGAUCGAAGACUUGCUUCUCCAACUGCAGAUCCAGCACAAAUAGUCUCUCUCACGCCGACGUCUCUAGAGGCUAGAUACGCGCGGCUGGAAUGGCAGGAUGGCCGCGUGGGGAGGUUUAAGAUCUCCAAUUCAGGCCUCGUGGAGCGAGCUGUUGUCAUUGGCGACCAUGGAAGGGAUAAACGUACCGAAGAUGCCAUGACCGGUGGUGAUCGGAGGGUUGAAAACCUCCUUGAUCGGCUAAAGCGCAGUAGCCACGGCUGA